AAAAGAAAUAGACUGGUAUGCAGCGAUCAAAUUUGGAGGGUGGAUUUCCAUGUAUUGACUGGUGAAUUUCCAUGAAAUGACUGAUUUGAGGGAAAGGGAGAGAGCAUGAACCCAGAAAUAGCCGGAGGGAUUGCAGCUAGUGCUGUGAGCUUUCUUCUUGCAAACCUUGAAGCUUUUGCAAAAGCUGAAUGGAACUUGAAGGAAAAUAUCAAGAAGGAAGUCCGAGACUUAGAAGCUGAGCUGCAAAGCAUUCAGGCCCACCUGAAAGAUGUUGAUUCGAAGACAGAUCAUAAUAACCAAUUGAAAGACUGGAUUAAAAAUGUUCGUGAUCAAGCCUAUGACAUCGAGGAUGUCCUUGACCAGUUCAGACUCAACAAAGAAUCAGGACAGUGGCGCCGCUACAUAAAACAUCACUCCAUCAACAACUUGAUGCAGGAUAUUAAAAAUAGGCUCUGCAACAUUGAGCAGACAAGGAAGAGGUAUAACAGCAUGCCCUCCACAUCAACUAAUGCUAGAAGCAACACAGACCUUCAUGUGCCAGUGGCCUCAUUGUUUAUUGCCGACGUUGACAUUGUGGGCAUUGAGGAGACCAGAAAUAAGCUGGUUUCUUGGGCGUUGGAGCCAAAGAAGAGACUUGAGGUGAUGUUCGUGGUGGGGAUGGCUGGAUUGGGGAAGACAACUCUCGUCCGUGUUGAGGCCUCGUAUUCUCAGCAAUCCUCGUAGUUGCCAAAUGGAUAAACAUACGAUCUCAACGAACACGAAUUCCUGAUUCAGCUGCUCCUGCAAAAGGCGUCCGGACGGGGUGUCCGGACACACCCUCCGACGGUUUUGUCAGCCAUGGAAAGAGAGA